AUGUUGGCAACCAAGACCAACCAGCGUACGCGAUCACGCCUGGAUGUGGUUUUGGGGGUCUUUCAAGUGCUGUCAGGCUCAGGCAGCGGGUGGGACUUUGAUGACAUGUGUAGUGGUUUUAUGGGGGAACAGGGUGCUGCUGGGUGGGGCGGGGUGAGACGGAGAUUGCUCGAGUCUGUUUGUGUGGAAGUGAACGUCGGAAAAGUCUUUGUUCCUCAGAUGUCGCUGGGAGCUCUGGUCUUGCAGGUCAUGACGUGUGUGUUCAGUGUGACACAGUGUACUGGGAUGUCCUCCGAAGAUGAAAGACGUGACAGCCCAUUGGCCCAUCUCCUCACAGAGACACAAGAGGUCACCGGGGCAACCAUCCCAACAGUCUUCUACAGCCCCCCAGUGCAUCAUGAAUAUCCACGAAGGUUGCAGAAUGUGUCGUCGCCUUCAGAGCGCGGUGGGAGUGCGUCGUAUGUCAUCGCAGGCGGCUGA